AGAGGAGCUAAACAGUUCACGAGAUGAUGCAUGUCUGAAAAGAAAGGCCACACCUCAGUCCCGAGUCAGAGCCAACGGCAGGAUGACGAUAAAAAUCUUCUGAGGCCAUGAAGACGUGGUGCUCCAUGUUUCUUCUCCGGUCGGUGCUGCCUCUUCCAAUGGCCAUCAUCCUCGUGACAUUUGCAGGAGGCACCAAUUCCACGUCGCAGCAUCACGGCGUAGAGCUCCUCCUGAAGCAAUUAGCUAGCUGGAGGCAGCACCAAAAGGAAUCCAUGCAAGGGGAGGCAACAACCCCGGGCUACCGGACUCUCGUGUCAUGUCUUCUCUGCUUCAUUGCCGCCUCGGUUUCAAGCGCAGGAGGGGUCGGCGGUGGCUCCUUGUUCCUCCCCAUCCUCAACCUGGUGGCUGGAUUAGACCUGAAGGCAGCCACCACGUACUCAGCCUUCAUGGUCACGGGGGGUUCGAUAGCCAACGUUCUGUGCAACCUCUUCUUCACCAGCGUCGGCACUGAAGCAACCGACCCACCGAUCAAUUAUGAGAUCGCUCUGCUCUCGCAGCCAAGCAUGCUGCUAGGGGUCAGCCUGGGGGUCAUCUGUAACAUCAUGUUCCCGGAGUGGCUCAUCACCGUCCUGUUUGCCGUCUUCCUUGCGUGCUCUACUUUCAGGACAUGCAAGGCUGGGGUUCGAUGCUGGCACGCUGAGACCGAGGAGACGGAAACGACCGAUGGACACGGACGGGAGAGGAGUGUGAAUGGCGCGGAAGAGGCUCUUCUCGGUGGUGCACAGAGUGGCAGGAGGAUAAGGUUCCCUUGGAAGGACGUGGUGGUCUUGGUGAUGAUAUGGGUCUGUUUCUUCCUUCUGCAUGUCCUCGCAGGAGACAAACAUGGGAAGGGUGCAAUCAACUUGAAACCAUGCGGAGUUGCAUAUUGGUUCAUCACAUUUUCUCAGGUCCCUUUGGCCAUUGCUUUCACGGCAUACGUGCUGUACGAGAAGAAGGAUUCUCAUCAUCGGCAAGUAGACACCCAGGACAAAGCGCAAAUAAGGAUCCAGGGGUUGCCGGCGUUUGCAUUUCCACUGGCGGCACUCUCGACAGGGGUUCUGAGUGGCCUAUUUGGGAUUGGUGGAGGACUCCUCCUAAACCCUGUGCUUCUGCAGAUCGGGAUACCUCCCCAGACUGCAGCAGCAACAAGCAGUUUCAUGGUGAUGUUCUCAGCUUCCAUGACCACGGUCAAGUACAUAAUCCUGGGAAUGAUACAAGUCGAUCGAGCUUCGGUCUAUGCAGUGCUGUGCUUUGCAGCCUCGGCUAUUGGAUCGAUGGCCAUGAAAGGAAUCGUACUGAAGUCGGGCAGAGUUUCUCCUAUUGUGUUCACAGUCACCGCAGUGAUGGCCGUAAGCACGACCACCAUAAUUUGCUAUGGUGCGAUUGAUGUUUGGAGAGAGUGCACAGGUGGAAAGUAUAUGGGCUUCAAAUCAUCUUGUGAGAAAUAAAAUUUAAUGUUAGGAUUGAGAUCAAGUAUAGUUAUUGAUCGAUAAUAUUAAUCAGAGUUCAAUUCAAAUCUCGAUAUAUCUUAAUCAAUGAAUUAAGACCAUAAAGUCUAACACAUCUUGCUGGCAAUGACAGGAGAAAUAUUGUUU